AUGAGGCUGCUGCCAAAUUCAGUUUUACUGAAAUACAUAAUUUUGAUUGCAAGCCAACUGAAUUGGGCAUGGGAUUACCUUCUUCUCCAGUCCUCCUUUCAGCCUCGCGAAAUAGUCGAAUUACCAGACUAUGUGGAUGACCUUACUGUAACGCGUUAUGAAAAUAAUAACAAUACAAUUUGUGGAGAUUCAUCAGCAGAGUGUGCUGUUUGCUUAUGCAGAAUUGAUGAAGGGGAUGAAGUUAAAGAGCUGGGAUGCAACCAUCUUUAUCACAGAGCUUGCUUAGAUAGGUGGGUACGAUAUGGGCACAGGACAUGCCCAAUCUGCCGGGAUAACCUAAAGCCACCGGUACCACAACUGGCGGGCUGA